GCCCCGGUGUCUGCAGAACGCUUGCUGCCCCGGCCAGGGAGCCGCGCCCUGCCAGCGCGGGGGGUGCUGCCGGCUGCCAGUUAGCUGAGCCGCGCCCAAACAGCAGCGGUGUGGGGAAAGUAUUGCCCAGUUAAUGGCCGCGAGAGGGAAAUUGAGGCACGACCUCCCUUUGCAGGAGGCGAUGGUGAUUGAUACUUCCCGUGGCCUCGUAGAGCUCUGAGAACGGAGCUGGGGGGGGAGGUGCUGGAACUAGGGGUGCAGGGGGGGCUGCAGCUCCCCCUGGCUUGAAGUGGUUUCCAUCAUAUCCAGGGUUACAGUUCAGUUCAGUGGCUCUCAGCACCCCCACGGUACCCAUUGUUCCAGCGCCGUGGGGCAGCAGAGCAGGACGUUCCAUGGGGGUUGCUGGGACAGUGGCGGGAAGUGGGUGUGAACUGGGGGUUUCAAAGCCGCCUGGCGUCCGUGAGUCUCCUCCCCGGGGGAGCUGCUGUCCCUUCGCUCCAUCUCUGCCACCCCUCCUAGCUCUGACUCGGAGCCAGGCGGCCCCAGGCCAGCGGGGCCGGGCUGAGUCCCUCCAUGCUGUCCCCUACCAACUCAGCACUUGGUCAGUGUCCUCCAGAGGGAGGGGUGGGCCCCCAGGUUCAGAGCCGUCCUGCGGGAGCGGAUUCCAAGGGGUCUCUUCGCCAGGAGGGGACAGCUGCCCGGGCGAGUGUGGGCUCUCGGUCGUGAGGUGUCUGUAGGGUGGCACUGGGCAUGCGAGGAGGCCCCAGCUCUGCGCUGGGGGCGUUCCCUGGGUGCGGUGCUGCAGGGGCUUGGAGCAGCAGGGGCCCUGCUCGGAUUCCCCCGUUUCUGCCCCUAGGCCUGCCCUGCUGCGGGCGGGGUCAGCAAGGGGCUGAUGGCUUUACUGCUGCCCGUUACACUGGGGUCCAGGGGCCCGUAACCCCAGCAGCGCGGCGGCUUCCCUGGGAGCAGGUUGGGGCCACGUGUCUGCGUUUUCCCAGCGCCUGGCAAAAGGCUCCGCCUGCUCUCUGCCUCUGGGAUGGCCACUCCCCCCCGCAGCCAUUGUUCGAAUGGGGGCUGGGGGAGCGGGGGAAAUCCAGAGGGGCUGGUGCCACUUCAAGUCCCCAAGAGCCUCGGGAGCCCGCGGGUACCUGGGCCUGGUGCAGUCGCCUGGGCCCGGUUCCUGCAUCCUGCCGCUCUGAGCGGCCCCAGAGGCACCCUCGUCCCAUCCAGCAGCAGGAAGUGGAAGAGGCAGGGGGAGCCCAGCGGAUGGUGCGUGGGCAGUGCCCCUGGCUCUGGAAACGGGUGUCCUGCCGCUCUUGCAGCGCACGGGGGGGGGGGGCUUCCUUCGCCCGUCACGGCAGGGUGAUCCGCUGCUCCUUCGCACCGGGCCGGCUCUUACCCCUCCCCUCUCUGGCUUGCCCCACGUGGCCGGUUCCGCCCAGUGCCCUGGAGCCACAAUGUGUCCAGACCUGUCGAAUCUCCUGUCUGUGCGUCACGGUCACAUGGCUGGGAGCCCCACCCCAGGCUUCUGGCAGGGCCGGGAGAUGCACGGGAGCCCUUGUCGUGCGGCUCAGGGAGAAAUCCAGGUGCCCAGCACCCUGCUGUGACCGAGACCCCUCCCCAGGUAGGAGGCUGUUCCCCUGGCACUGCACCAUGGUGAGUGUGUGGGACCCUGCGGUCCUGACUUGGGCAGCUCUGUUAGUGGUUAGAGCACAGAGCUGGGCCCCAGGGACUGGGCUCUGCUGUCCUCGAGUGCAAUGGGGCCUGGUCAUGGGCGAGCAGGGGGGGACAGUGGGUCUGGUGCUGAGUGGUAGGUGGGGAGCAGGGCACAGCGUAUCCAUCGGCUCCCACGGCUCUUCUGCACUGCUGCCCCUCCCCAUGUCCAGCAUCUGGGGGGUGUGGGGGCUUUGCUGGUGAGGUGCCUCCCUGCACCGCGACCCACGGGCUGUGCAGGGGGCAGUCUCCAGAGUAGCCUGAAAAGCCCUCGGGUCCCCUUGUGCUGUGGGGUGAGCCACACCUCUGCUCCUCACCGUACCCAGCUGCCGACUCUAGACAAAGCUGGGUCCAGCACGUCAUCUCGCCCGUGACUUCCGCUGCCGCUCGCAUCCCCAGGGAGCCACGGCCUUGCCAGCACGGCAAAGUAAACAGCCCCCACUGGGCAAGACUGCUAGCGUGGCCGAGGGGAGCUGUGUGCCGUGAGAGGCUGGCACUGGGAGUGCAGGCGUGGCCAGGCCUUAGCAGGGGAGAUCUGAGCCCCCGUGGAUUCUCCCCGCCCUGUCUCUUCCCAUCAUCCCCUUCCCGCAGUGAAAUGUACCAAUCUCUGGGGGUGGCUGCCUGCUUCAUCCCCACACAAAUACUGCCCCCCUGGCCUCCCAUUCCCAGGGAGUGGGAAGUGUCAAGCCCCGAAUUUCCGCUUGGAAGAGAGAGGCAUGUAGCCAGAGCCAGCCAUAGGGCAGCACAGUGAGGGUUUACUCUGGAAGGGGCUGCGGGU